UCAUUGUUUUCUUCCUUUAGGACUUUCUUAACCCCCGUGGUUCCCAGUGUAAAGUACCUAAUGAUUCAUACGAUUUUAUUUAGCUUAUAAAAAAAUUUCAACUUGCUUGCACUAAUACAGAAUCUGUGUCUGUUAUGCAAAAGAAAAGAAAGGAAAUGUACUUCAGAUUUAGUCACGAACACAAGAAAAUGGGUUAGAUUUUGUUGGGAUUUUGAAUAUAACAAGUUUUCCGGUUAUAGAUUGAUCUACCUAUCUUCUUCCUCCAAGUUUACAGAUUUUGGCUUUGGUGGCAGUUUUUCUUUGGCUUAUUUGAUUUUCUGAUCAAUCAUUGUUACCGAUUUUGGCUUGUCUACAUAGUUAAUUUGCUCCAAGAAACUUGAUUUGGGUUUUUCCUGAAAAUGAAAAAUUGAAGUUGACACUUGACACUGAAUAUUAGUAUUUUUACAAGGUAAUCUGUAGCAGUAGAAUUGGGCUGGGAUAGCUUGAAUAGGAAACUACUUGCUAUUAAGACUGAUGACUACUACAAGAUACCGAAGCUUUUACCCAAGGUGUUGUUAUUGGAAGUUUGAAGGCUGAAUGUGCUUUUAUUCAUAACAGGAUUAGUUUGUAGGUUUACGAGGUGGAGAUUUUUAGUGAUCAACUAUUUGGUUUGCUCAGCUAAAGAAUCAUUCAAGGAUCCAGCUGAGCAAGUACGAGGAAGAUGGGAUCUUUCAUAGGUCAUAUAUUGCCAGGGACCUUGUUUCUUCUAGUUGGGACAUGGCAUAUAUGGGGCUCUGUGAUGAGAUAUGUGUCAAACCCUAAGACAUUCAGAGUCCAGGUGUGGAAUCCUGUACCGGGGUUUAAUGGGAGGCUCAAGCACUUGGAGCUCUAUGUCAUUUCAAUUGGUGCUUUCAUAGAUUUGUGUGUGGAGCUCUUACUUGCAACCCGCCUCAGGUUUUUUGUUGGGGGAGCCUUGAACACCACUUACUUCAACAACUUUGAGCACUCGGGAAUGCUUCUGAUGUUUCUUAUCUUUGGUGUUGUUGCUCUCCUCUCAGAAAAGACAAGACGUCUUCCCUUGCCUGAAAAUGCUCUUUGUUUGAUUGCUGCUGCAGCAUUCUGUGCAGAGUAUCUUCUAUUCUACUUUCACUCAACAACACACAAAGGCCUUGAAGGCUAUUACCAUGUCCUCCUUGCUUUCCUCAUUGGGCUUUGCAUUAUAUCUUCAGUUUCUGGUGCCCUUUUGCCAACCAGCUUCCCAGUAGAUUUAUGUAAUGGUAUUGCUAUAGCGCUGCAAGGAAUCUGGUUCUAUCAAACCGCUUUUGUUCUUUACGGCCCCAUGCUACCAUCUGGUUGUAAGCUCAGGGAUAGUAAUAUCACAUGUCACCCAAAAGAGAGUGAGGUUCGGGGUGAAUUGUUUGCUAACGCUCAACUCUUUGUUGCAGUCCUUGCUGUUCUUGUAGGAACUGUAGCAUCCUAUGGCUUUGCAGCUUCAAGAUAUGGGAACUGUGAAGAGCUUGCUAGCAAUGCUAGUUGAAUUGAACUAGGAACUGUGCAUGCAUCAAUUCUGGUGGUGGGGAGUUAGCAUAGAUGCACGAAGACUUAAGUCUGAUUCUCAUUGUUGUGAUUGUAUGCACAUGGAAUGAAGUACCAAUAUGGUUUGGCAUGGUUGACAGAUAACUUUAUUUCUUAAACAUGUAAUUAGGGGUUUGAUCUCUAGGUUCAUAUGUAUGAAAAAAUAUUUGUUGCAAGAUAUCAGUCUCUUAAAUGGAUUUAAACAUCUCCAAGAAUUAGUCUUUUGCUUCUUGACUAGGGAAUAUUCUGGCCAAAAGAAAUGAGGAAUGAAGUAGACUAUGCAAUAAAUUGGCAGCCAUUUUUCUUGUAAAAUAUGUGUAUUGAAGUAAAACAAUCCAUUAGUGUGGUGAAAUGAUUUUUUAGAAUCAAAUGUGAAAUGAACAGAGAAGGUAUUCCUUUUUA